UUCAUAGGCUUCACGCAACACCAAAUAAUGAGCGACGAUAUCGAUUCAGUAAUCUAUCUGAAAAUGAAUCUAAUUAUUAGUAUGUUUAUACUUUUCAUCGCUUCACCGGUCGAUUCAACUGAUAACAUCGACGUUUGCCCAACUUUUUGCGACUGCACCAAAUGGGACAGUACGAAAACAGUGUCAUGCUUCGAAAUUGACGUCCUACCUGCAUUCCAUCCCAGCACUAAAGAGCUGUGGCUUGUGGAGACAAGACUGACCUCCAUAUCUCAGGAUGCCUUCGCCAACUUGAUCAACAUCUCUCACAUUUACAUAUCAGAUGAUGAAAGUCUGAGGAGUCUGGAGAGACAUUCUUUUCACAAGCUGCCCAAGGCUAUCCACAUAGAGAUACGGGGUAUCAGGAGCCUGUCUUACAUUGACCCAGAGGCAUUCAAGGACCUAACAAACUUAAAGUACCUGGGCAUCUUCAACACCGGCCUGCUCUCCUUCCCUGCUCUGGGCCAGAUCCGUUCCAGUCAGGACGACUUCAUCUUGGAAAUUGUGGAUAACCUCUUCAUCAGAGAAAUUCCUGCCAACUCAUUCAAUGGGAUCUCAGAGAAUGAAAUCACCCUGAUGCUGAACAGCAACGGUCUGACAGACAUCCAACCCUACGCCUUCAAUGGAACCAGACUGGAGGAAGUUUACCUCUAUAGGAAUGUGGAUCUGGUGCGGUUGGAUGAGAGGACAUUUUAUGGCGUGAUCAGCGGGCCAACUCUUCUAGACGUUUCCGAAUCAAGAGUGAACUCCUUACCCACAAUGGGUCUGGAGGCUGUUCAGAAACUGAAAGCUAAAAACACUUGGGCCCUCAAGAAACUACCCCCCCUGAGGGCCUUCCAGCAUCUGCAGAGUGCUGAGCUCACCUACCCCAGUCACUGCUGUGGACUGAGCAAAGUGAAGAGGAGGCGAGGACACGUGGAGUCCGUCAUUUGCAACCUGACCAGCUCUACAAGACGACAACAAUCAACUAGGCCCUCUGGAACCCCCUCUGAGGCCUACGAGGGGCCGCACCCCAAACACGCUCAUCCCACCAGCAGCAACCCUUCCCCCCGAGACCCCCAACACCUCCAUCCCACCAGCAGCAACCUCUCCCCCCGAGACCCCCAACACCUCCAUCCCACCAGCAGCAACCUCUCCCCCCGAGACCACCAGCACCAUCAUCCCACCAGAAGCAGCCCCUCCCCCCGAGACCCCCAACACCUCCAUCCCACCAGCAGCAACCCCCUCCCCCGAGACCCCCAACACCUCCAUCCCACCAGCAGCAGCCCCUAUGACUACCAGUACUACUACGAUAACUACAGCUGUCCCCCCUCCGGUGAGUGCUUCUACAUAGUGUUCCCUACGGAGGGCCCAGACGAAGGCUUUGACUAUACCCUGUGCGAUGACGACAGGGAGGACCAGGGGGUCCCCUGCACCCCUCUGCCCGAUGCCUUCAACCCCUGUGAGGACGUGAUGAGCCUGGGCUUCCUGCGGGUGUCUGUUUGGCUGGUUAGCUUGCUAGCCGUUCUGGCUAACCUCUUGUUCCUGUUCAUCCUGCUGACCAGCCACUACAAAUUGACCAUCACCCGCUUCCUCCUGUGCAACCUGGCCAUGGCAGAUCUCUUCAUGGGUGUGUACCUCUUGCUCAUCGCGUCUGUGGACCUCUACACGCGCUCCCAGUACCACCACUACGCCAUUGACUGGCAGACUGGUGCCGGAUGCCAACUGGCUGGGGUGCUCACAGUGUUCGCCAGCGAGCUGUCGGUCUACACGCUGACCGCCAUUACUCUCCAGCGCUGGCACGCCAUCACCUUCGCCAUGAGGCCCGAGAGGAAAGUGCGACUACGCCACAUAGUUGUGCUAAUGCUAGCCGGAUGGCUGCUCUGCCUGGUGUUAGCCGUGCUACCGCUAGCUGGCGUUAGCAGCUACCAGAGGGUUAGCAUCUGCUUGCCCAUGGACACAGACUCAACCGCGGCCAUGGUCUACGUGGUCACCCUGCUAAUGCUGAACGUGCUCGCAUUCGUGUUGGUGAGCGUGUGCUACGUACACAUCUACUGCAUGGUGCACAACCCACAGCACCCGUCGAGCAGAGGGGACGCCAGCAUGGCCAAACGCAUGGCCGUGCUUAUCUUCACCAAUUUCCUGUGUCUGGCACCCAUAUCCUUCUAUGGCCUGUCUGCUGUGCUGCACCACCCACUCAUCACCGUCACCGACUCCAAGGUGCUGCUGGUGCUAUUUUACCCGUUGAACUCAUGUGCCAACCCCUUCCUGUACGGUAUCCUGACACGAGCCUUCCACGGGGACGUCCUGAUUCUGCUGAGCCGCUUGGGGCUGUGUCAACGUCAGGCCCAGCUCUUCCGAGGAGCGCAGUUCGACGUGGGCAGCCCCGCUGGGGUCAAGAGGCGCCAAGGGGUCCCCCGUCUUGGAGCCCACAUACCCCAGAUCCUGGAGCUCCGCAAGAGGCAGAGACUGUAA